AUGGCGCCGGUAGGUCGAUCCUACGGUUGAUCGAGUUGGCGUUUGAUUGCUAGGCUUCGAUUAUCUCUCUCGCUAUUUUGCUUUCAGCUCGGCCGAUUACUUCUGCCUUGUCAAAGCCCUAAAGAAUUAGCCACGAGGGUCAUAAGUGACCUACUGGAGGGGAGGUACGAUGAAGAGGAAAGACCUCUGAAAAAGAACCGCAUAAUGGAGCUACUGGACUACCGUUUGAGCACAUACUUUACGUUUAAUGGCCAGGUGUACGAGCAAAUUCAGGGAACUCCGAUGGGAUCACCAAUCUUCGGCUACCUAGCUGAGGCGGUUCUACAAGAACUGGAACCACGGGUCUUUCAGUCCUACAUGCCAAAAUUCUGGAUGCGCUAUGUGGAUGACACCUUUGUCAUCCUACCUCGAGACAUGAAAGAGACGUUCAAAAGCAAACUGAACUCAAUUUUCCCCCAAAUUCAAUUCACAAUGGAGGAAGAAAAGGACGGAGAAAUCGCCUUUCUGGAUGUCCAGGUGUCGAGACAGGAAGACGGAGUCCUCCAGACUGGUGUCUUUCGAAAGGCGACCGAUACGACGAAAAUUCUCCAUUACAGCAGUAACCCCCCCUUGUCACAUAAACGCAGUUGCGUGCGGACACUCUUUCUACGCAUUAACACACAUUGCAGCACAGAGGCUGAAAAUCUGCGAGAGCGUAAAUCCCUAUGGCGUCUCUUUCUCUCUAAUGGGUACCCACGUAGCUUCAUAAAUAAAUGCCUGUAUCAAAGGCACACGAAGACCUACGGUGAACAAAAACAAAAACCUGAAAACUUCCGUGCUUUGCCCUACGUGAAUGACGUUUCCGAAGCCACUGAACGCCUGCUCAGACCACUCAACGUGGGCCUUGGACACCGGCCGGAGGUCACUAUCCGCCGCUUGCUCAUGAAGACCAACGGGCGGCUACCACCUGAGGACACGUCAGGAAUUGUUUACCGCGUCAACUGUCUAGACUGUCCGGCCAAUUAUUGUGGCAUGAUCGACAAACGCGCAUGCAUGAGCAUUCUCUAGCUGUAAAACGAAGAGAUGUACGAUCACAUGUUGCUAUGCAAAGCCUCGAAAAUAACCAUCAAUUCGGCUUCGACAAGGCAGAAGUAAUCGGCCGAGCUGAAAGCAAAAUGGCGAGAGAGAUAAUCGAAGCCUAGCAAUCAAACGCCAACUCGAUCAACCGUAGGAUCGACCUACCGGCGCCAUACGAAGCCGUCAGACACCACUUGGGCAAAAGGCGACGGCCAAUGGGACGAGAGAACAAUGGACCUAUCAAUAGUGAGUAAGAAAGACCUAUUUAAACCUUGUAUUCCCACUUUUAAUCUAUUUCCGAUGAUGCGCUCAAGUAUGAGUGUGAAACAUCAGAUGAAUAAAUCAUCCUCCCCAGAGAUCUCUUUACCUUCUUCCAUAUAUAACUAUAUGCGUAAAAAUUCGAGGGCCAGACAUUGUAUCGCGUUCAUCAUAUAUAACUAUAUUCCCACGUAUUAAAACAUUUUAUGAGCGUAACAUAAUAUCAGUUUGAUAACCUGCUUGUAGUUUGGAAACCCUGAAUGUACGUGCAACGACAAACCAACUCCAAAUUAAACCGGAGUUGAAAACUUUUUCAAAAAUUAACCGAUCAUUUUCAUCGAGUAAAAAUAUCAACAUGCUAAAUGUUGGCAAAUGAAAGGAAAAGGACAUUUCUUUGUUCACUUUUAAUAUAAAACAAUCUGAACUUGUAGGAACACGAAUAAUCGGGGAAAACAUUCACACUACUCAAACAUUCACAUUUAAUCGAGUAUGGUUCCUUAUGGUCAGAAAGACUCUCAUUCAAGGGCCAGAAUCUUGGUGUGACUGAAAUAUUUUGGGAUUAUGCUGCACGGUAGUCAAUAUGACCACUGUUGUAUAUGCAAAAUAAAAGGCGGCCUAUAGACAGGGAAGUCUUGCAGACACGGCUGGGUAUGUGGCAUGAGGGGGGGGGGGAAUGCCAUAGGCUGAAGGAUGGCCAAUUAGCACGAAAGGGGUCUGCACAGGGGUACAUAACCUUUACUGUUCGUUUGUCGCGCGCAUGUGGUGUGAAGUCCUGACAGCCCGAGCAGCAUACGCUGCAUCCCUCCACCCUAAAGUGGACAGCAUGGGAAAGGAGGGAGAAAACAGCAAAGGCAAUGGUGAAUACUCGACAAGUGUUCUAGUGGAAUUCGCUCUGAAAACGUUGGACAUGUCUGCGGAUUCGGGUUAAUGUUCUCAGCGGGGUAUUUUCGACCCCUGGGCUGGUUUGCGAAGUCAGUGGCUCCUCUAUCCUCAAGUUAGUGUUUGCCGGGAUAGUAGGGAGAUGGAAAACAUACACGCUGGCCGGCGGCGUUGUGCUAUGUGUAGGCGGUGGUACGGGGCAGUGGUUAAAUUCCUAAUUCCUUUUUUCUCUAUGAAUUCUUUGAAUUCCUCACUAGUUAAGGCCAGGCCAUUUUCUGAAACAACCGUUUCAGAUAUUCCAGAAGUAGACAAAACAGAUCGCAACCUGUUACUUGUAGUAACUGAAGAACAGGAGUUCCCGGUCAGAAUCGCAUCAGUCUAUUUAGUGUGGACGUCAACCACCACCAAGACCGUAUGGCCUUGGAAUGGCCCAAAAGAAUCGGUGUGCCCUCUUCCACGGGAAGUCAGGCCAGGCUCAACGCUAAAAUACCGUCUUGGGGAUACAGUUUUAACAAAUACUUCAGUUCUAACUUCCGAAAAUAUUCCCCCUGUUACUCUUUAAAAGUGAAGUUGGCAAACACGCCCCUCCUCGCCUGGGCCCGGUGUCAAGACAGAGUUAAGAAGACCCGGUGCGAGAGAGGGUGCAGGUGGCUGGAACGUUCGGACCUGCACCUAGGCGUACCACCAUACACCUCGGUCCACAACAAACACUAGAGCAGCAUAUUGGCUUAAAAAAGGGUCAGAAAGAGAAGAGGAUGACACAAGUCACUGGGCAACCACGCAAACGGUCUGUAUACCCAGUGAGAGCGCAAGCGCACCUAACGACAUGGAACCAGAUGCCAGAGAACUGCCAACGCACCCCAGGCUGCGAGAGCCAUGAUUUGCUAAAUAAUGGCAUAGGAGACGCAUGCGAACCCUAAGAUCCAGAAGUCUGAGACGUAACCCUUCAUUUAACUUGGGCCAUUGCCCUUCUAGGGAUAAUAUUUGCAUAACAUCAUAAGACGUAAAGUCGUAAUUUGAAGCGCAAGUAUUGUAACUCCAUGGUGAAGCAUGACCAAUGCUUGUUUUUUUAAAGUUUUGGGUCACGUUCUGAACCGAAUUACAAGUGUCCGACCUCCUACUAGAACUUCCACAACUGAACUUUUGGGAGGUUUCAUCAGGACUUCGAACAAAUCCCACAUUAGAACUACAAAUUCAAUCCUCCGAACGGUGGUGCGUUUCGUUGCCCUUGGUCGUCCCGCAACUAUCAUCUGCGUGUUGCCAAAACGAUUUUCAUUGUUAACCCACACAGGCGACUGUUACUUUUAUGAAUUUGAAAAGUAAAUUUGGCAAACACGUGUUUUCGGUAAUUCUUCGUCAGGCCAAUACAGUUACAUUAAGGAAUGAAAAUGUACAAAAUCAACAGUGUUUAUAGGUGUCUCAAGGGCUAUUAAGUCAUUGACACUCAUUUUCCCCACGCCGCCCGCAUGACGAGGUCGGCGGGUGUUGGUCCUCAGAGCUAGGGGAGGAGAGUAAGAAAGUCUUUGAGUGAUGUUCUUGGAUUGAGUACACGGAGUACCCAUCACUGUAACUAGGGAUUUGAGGCGGCAGGUCGUCAUCACUUGGGGUUGGCGUUGACCGCAGCAGAGAGAGCGCUUGUGUCAGGGUUUUCUGACAGCAUAACACCGGAUUCGCUAGCCGUAUAGCCACUGCCUCGACAGUUGCUAGUAUCCGUUGGCGUAGGCCUUUAGAGAAGCUUGUUGGUGUCCGAUAGGCAACAUGAACUGCUUCCUUGGCAUCGACUCGAUGACCUGUAUAGAUUAAAUGUGCGAGAAUAGAACUCGAAAUCGAUCGGCUCUCACCUCUGUCUAGUCAGGCGGGCAUAUGUUCCCGCACGCUCUUUACCAGGCGUAUCGUUAUACGGCCGAUGUAUCCCGCUCCACAGGAGCAAGUGAAUGAGUAAAUGCACACUAAUAAGUUUUAAUGACUUAACCGCCCUUGAGACACCUAUAAACGCUCUUAAUUUUGUACAUUUUCAUUCCUCCAUGUGACUGUACUGGCCUGACAAAGAAUUACCUAAAACACGUGUUUGCCAACUUUACUUUCAAUUCAUUUCCGUUUGGUAGGUUUCGUUGUCAUCGAAGUGAGAUUUUGCUCGGAUAAAGAGAUUUUUCACGGCACCCCGCUUGGGAGGGAUAGGGUGAUUGUUGUCGUAAUGCAAAAGAAUUUCCGCGUAGAAUUCCUUGCGGUAAGUUGAUAUGUGAAAGGCUCCGUCAGUCUUCCUCUUUGCUAGGGCAUCAGAAAGCAGGAGUUUGCCAUCAGUCUCUUCCUCGAGUGUGAAUGUUGGUCCUGGAAGUAUUGAGUUAAUGACGCUGUGGAACAUUUCCAGUUGAUCUCUUUUAACAAUAAGAAAGGGGUCAUUAACAUAACGUACCCAUAAUUUGGGCUUAACUAAUUGUAGGCGAUAGUCUCUAAUUUUUAGCAUCAAAGGUUAUUAUUAUCUCAUUUGCUGCGAUUCCCAGUCCUUGCAAUUUGUCCAGAAACUCUAUUGAAUUAUUAAUUGAUGGUUCACAAUCCAUUGUCAAUGCGUGGAGUCUGUGGAGUAGCGAUUUAGAAAUCUUGCAAUCCGGUGCACCGAUUAACGAUACUAUCGGUCGCAAUGUUACUUCUGGCUUGCGAACCAUAGGUCGUUCAUAAAUCUUAGCAAUGCUUGGCUCAAUUUGUCGUGAAUAUUUGGCAAUAUCUCCUGCUAUUUGCUUCUUUCCAGUAAGGCAUUUUAGUACUUUUUCAUUGGCUGUGCUCUGUGAUUUAGUAGAGUCCGUGGUGAGAGGUCUAUAGGUUGAUCUAUCCUGUAGUAAUGACAACAUCUUUUCAUUUUAGUCUGCUUUGUUCACAAUCGCAGUUGAUCCUCCCUUGUCAGCGGGAAGUAUGCAAUGUUUUUGUCAGUUUUAACUGUUUUUAGUGCCUUCCUUCCUUCGUAUGAUAGUGCUGAAAAUGGAUUUCGGAUCUUUCAGGAAUGUACAAUGCUAUUCCGGAUUGUGAAACGUUCAUCGCCCGUAAGAUUUUCUGUUGAUAUUAUAGACUCCAUGUUUGCAAGGAAGUCUAGGUAGUUUGAAUCAGAAAGAUAAAAUUUCAUCCCCUUAGAAAGUACACUCUCUUCGGCUGUUGUACGUCUUCUUUCUGAGAGGUUCACAGCCUUCGUCGAGCAAUUUUGGUUAUCAGAAAUUUUUUAAGAUGAACAUCCAUUUUUGUCUAAAACAUUCCUCUUUUUCGGUCUUUCGAUGUCGGAAACUUGGCGCACAAACUGACGACUGCACUUCGUAGCCAGCUUGUACACCUUAAGGAUGGGCUUUGCUAUUUAGGUAAAAAGAAAUCGUAUAUAGGAUGCCACGUUACACAUGUAGUGCGGUUUACUAUGGUCAGACUGGGAAAUCUGCCUCUUCACGCAUACAAAAACAUCGGCUGGCAGUAAAAAGGUAGGGGCACCUGUCUCAGUUUGCCAUGCAUAUGCUGGAAACUGGACACAAAUUUGCUUGGAACAAAACUCGCAUUAUAGGUGCCUGCUCAUCUAAGAAAGGCCGAUAAUUUUUAGAAUCGAUUUAUUCCGAUAACUCAUCUAUCAAUAGACGCAUCAAGUUGGAUGUUGUGUACAAGGACCUCAAGGAAAAGUAAAAAAUGUGUUAACCAAUCAGAACAUGAUGCCCGUCCGCAAUAGAGGCUGACUAGGUCGAGUGGUAGAGCAAAAUCGAUUAUAAGCAUGUUUAAAUAUUUACCGUUUUGCAGUCCUACUUUACGUCUCAGGAUGACUUGGGGAACCAAAGUCGAAAAUUCGUAAAAUAAAUCGUGUUAUCUUUCCCGAAGAAUUUAUUUCUUCUGAGUACGUAUAUGCAGUAGUUGGGCUAACUCAUGAAACGCGUUUCGUUUCGGAAAGAUUAUUUAAGUAGCCUUGUGAAACUAAUCAUUGUACAGCAUACUUAUACAAUAAUUCAGUCAACACGGGAUGCCGGCUUUCUGUCUGCAUAUAGCAACCACGCUCUGCAAAAAAUGACUAAUUAUUUAGCAUGCACUUUCCUCAUAGAUUUUCGAUUCCCUUAAAAAUUCAAUCCUAUUUCACGGAAAAUGCCCAAAAUAUUCAUUCUUUAGCUAAUUUGCUCGAAAAUUACGUUUACUUCCAAUUUUAUACUAGAAGGAAUAGUAUAAUCAGGUUUUCGAAAAGUUCGGAUUCUUUAAUAAUCUUGAACCCGACCUGCCGUUACACUUGCAUUCAUAGUUUCCAAACUAUAGGCCGUAUAUUUUCUGCGUACGAAAAAACAUUCAUUUAUCUAUGGUGUUAAGAGUAGACUAAAUGAAGUUUAUACAAUUAAGCAGUGAAUUUGAGCCAUGUUGUUAAAUUUACAAGGCACGUUGGCAAAAGAAAGGGCAUGACGUUUUAUGAACGGUCAAUUCACGGUGCUAAAAAAUCUCACAAUUAGAAACUUUUUGAAAACCUAAGUACACCAUUCCUUCUAGUAUAAGAUUGAAGGAGAAUGUAACUUUCUACCGAGUGAGUAGAUGAAUGAAGAUUGUUAUGCAUGUUUUCCAUGGAAUAUAAUUGCAGCUAGGACCAGAAACACAAACAUGCGCUCGUACACGGCGUAGAUGGGCCAUGAACAGAAGUCCAUCGGUGCCUCGACACCCGACAUUCUCUGUCGUUGCAGAUCGGGCAUUUAUUCAAUCUGGAGUGGGUGCACAUCGAUCUAUUGGCUUUCUGAAACAAUCAAGCUCCAUAUGGAUGGUAAAGGUCACGAACAGGCAACCCACUACCAGUCCGAAGCCUGCCAAGUUAUAAUAGCAACGAGGAUGGACGACAGAAAAUGUUUUGGACCUAUUCUGCCUUCAUUCAGCCAAUCAUAAAAUGUAUAUACAUAAUUCCGAAUUAUAUAUGUAUGUUUAAUGGUUGGCAAAAUGAAGGCAGAGCAGGCCUUAAACAGUUUCUGUCAUCCCACCCUCUCCUAUUAUAACUUGGUCGGCAUCGUAACUUCUGCCACCUAGACGGGACUUGCUUGAUCCGGGAAGCCAAUAGACCGGUGUGCGCCGAUUCCUGAUUGAAUAUAUAUACAUAUGUCUAUGCAGAAUGACAGUACCGACAAAGAUAAGGGAUACUUGAAUGGUCAUUUCUGACUUAUUAGUCGUCGUCAACCAAACAUACUCAGUCCCGAGGUAUAUAAAAUCUGGGGUUCGAUUCCGAUUCCAUUCAUUUUCAUCUUCGGUUACUUGUCCGCCCUAAAUCACUGGCAUGACCGUAUUUCACAUCAUUUGCAGGAGUUGCAGAAUUUAAACCCCGAUUCAGUCCUCAGAUAUCGUUCUGCCAAUCUGCAUGCCGUGUACAGAGAUCAAGCAUGAAUGAGGUUACUGAAGUUUAUUCCCAGCUGAUCUGUUUGCACUUUUAAUUGGUUUCGACGAUAUAAUUGAGACUGGGUCUGAAAUACUGGAGAAAUAUAAUUUUGGCUGAUAAUAGCGUCCUUUUACUUCCUCUCCAUCUUUGGCUUAAUGCAUAUAUAUAUGUAUCAGGUGAAUAAUUUCAGAAAUUAUUCUGUGCAAAACAUAAAAUUAAGUCUUUGAAACGUGACUUUUAGGGUAAGACGCGAAAUUUCAAUGAACAUUUGAGUCGAAUACAAUCAAACACUGUGGAAUAACCACGUAAUGUCCAUUCCACAAACAAGUAGUACUACGACUAGUACGAAAUGCGUAUGGCAGACGUACCAUGCCGUACUCCUGACAUAGGUAGUAAUAUAUAUAUAUAUGCAUAUUUAAAAUUUAAUCCAAUCUACACUAAGUAUUGCCAUCAGAUUAGGGGAACCCUGAUGGGCUCACGAAGACCCGGACUGCUAAAUGAACUCGUCUUACUUUCAAGCUCAAAAUACCACUUCAUUUUGCAAGUGACACCUUUGUCGUCAUAAAGACGUGUGAAGCUGAACAUUUGCGUCAGAGAUUGAGUGAUGUCUUCGCAGGAAUAAAGCCCAAUAGUCAAUAAGCUAUAGAAGAGAGACUGCGUGUAUUGAAGGUGAGCACACAACGGUUGAGCGAUGGAAUCUCGCAAUAAGCGUUUAUGGAGAUCGAUAUUAUAUCUAGGUUCUUCUCAAUUAUGGGUGCGUGUGCUAUUCCAGUAUAAGUAAAUAAUGGCUGUCGCUGCCUGGUAUGCGCUGACAGUCCCCUGACACCUCGUCCCCUGCCGGUAGAUGUGCGUGCGCUCCGGCUGGGUAUACAGGUGGUGGGCAUGGCUGCCGAGUUAUCCUCGCCCUUCUGACCCCCGUCAGGGUGUUGUUGUUGGUGGUGAAAAAACCUGGUCAUUUGCUGUGUGGACCGGGGGGUGUGGCAUAGAACGUCAAGGUGCGGGCUCGACCUUGCCAUCAAGCCGCAUUCUCUCCCGACUCCGGGUUUCCUGACUCUGUCUCGACACCGGAUCCAGGUAUGGAGUGGCAAAGACAGAGUGCGGUAGAUGCCGCGAAAGUCUGCUAUCACAAUAGACUGCAGUAGGUGGACUAACUCAUGAAAUGUCAACCGAAAUUUUGAAAUGCGUUUUUGGUUCCGAAAAGAUUAAUUAAGAAGGUUUGUAAAACUAGUUAGCCUGCAACAAUAAUUAUAUAAUAUUUAAGUUACCUCAGGAUGCCGGCUUUCGAAAAAUUUUCUUUCCGGCUGCAUGCAAAACCACACUCCGUAAAAAAUGGCUACAUAAGUAGCAUACAUUAUUCUCCUUCAUUUUCAAUGUCCUUAAAACUUGAAUUAUAUUUCACGGGAAACAUGCAUAAAAUAUUCAUUCUUCUGCUCAUUCGGUAGAAAAUGACAUCUUCUUUCAAUUUUAUACUCGAAGGAGGAGUAUAGUUCGAUUUUAAAAAGUUCCUAAUUGUAAAAUUUGGAAUACCGUGAAAUGGCCGUUCAUGAAACAUUAUGUCUCUGCAUUUACCAAUGUGGCUUGUAAAGUUAGCAAUAUGGCUCAAAUCCACUGUUAAAUUUUGUGAACGCCGUAUAACCUCCUCAUAUUACCGUUCAGAAAUGUAUGGUUUUUCGUACGCGGAAAAUAUGCGGCCUGUAGUUUGGAAACCCUGAAUACAAGUGUAACGGCAGGUAGGGUUCAAAAUUGUUCGGGAAUUGGAAAAGUUUUUAAAAACUGAAUUAUACCAUUUUUUCGGUGGACAUCGUCGAAACGACGGUCAAACUGUCCCAUGAUCAUUUCACACGAAAAUCAUUGCUGCUGUGGUCGGUUCGUGCAGCAGUGGAGAGUCUGGUUGCACGUUUCGUCUUCAAUAUCAUUCUACCUUAUGUUUCGCUGGGUUGUUUUACAAAAUGUAGUAUCUAGUAUGCCCGGAGGGCAAUAAAAUUGAUCGGUUUUAAUAAAGUUUUAUCACCACAUUUAUUUUUCACUUCUCGGUGUCAGAUUUUUAGCCCUGUCGUGAUUCCGUACACGCUAGGUUUUUUCACCGAGGAUCCUCCGGACUGUCGAAUGCGCUUGGAUUCGUCGGUAACUCUGGUUCCCUCUCAGUGUUUUUUUGCUUUAUUUCAGUUGCUUCUGAAGAGACUAGAAAAGCAUCCUGAAAGUGGAUCCGCCCCAUCCUAGUUUCAUAUGUACUAUACAUUACACGAAUGUUCACUACCCUGGCUAGCACGAAAACAUUAAUAUAUGGGACCCACACAGGGCAGCUUAGGUUUUCACGAUGUGUCAUGGACGGUAGAGGGACGCUCACCGAUCGUCUUCUUACGGAACUCACUCGUCCCGUUGUGCCUAGAGGCCUCUCUCGCCCGAUUCCAACCAGCAGCCGCACAGCGCGCAUGAUAUAGGCAGAAUGUUAUUACCGACAAGGACAAGGGAGACUGGGAUGGCCGUUUCAGGCUUACUAGUCGUCGUCAGCAUGCCACACUCAACCUCGAGCUGUGAAACACAUGAAGGUCCAUCUUGCAACCUGUUAGUUAGAAGUCCAACGCCUCUAACGACUGGACCACGGGCUCGAUAUCCUGUCCGUUGCGUAAGAAGACGAUUGGCGAGCAUCUGUCUACCAUCCUACAUUCCCGAUCGAAACCGACAGGACAUCGAGCCCGUGGCUCAGUGAUCAGAGGCGUUGGACUUCUAAUUAACAGGCCGUGAGAUUGAGUCCCAGGUAUUCCACACUUCGCGGUUGGGUAUAACUGGCUGACGACGGCUGAUAAGCCAGAAGUGGCCAUUCCAGUUUCUCUUGUCUUUGUCGGUAAUAACAUUUUGCCUACAAUCUGUCAUUUUAAGCAAGCCAUGUAUCCGCGGCCAAUGAUUAUGUAGUUAAGUUGAAUGCCUUAUAUCUCACUGAUUUAGCGUCGUGGUGGCUACCCCAGUAAUUUCCCUGGUCGAAUUGCAGCGUCAUUUACUGCAGUGAGAUUCCAUGGAGAAUCCAGUCUGAAACUAUGUUCAUCAUCACAGUAGACUGAACUGUCCUCCUUAGAGCCUACGCAGGAUGUCUACUCGCCCCUCUCCCAAGAAUACUGUAUGUGGCUAACCGUAGUCUAUCGUCCUGUAUGUCCCACACAUGUCAUUUGUAAGAUAGUAGAAACAAUUAUCCGAAAUUCGUCUGUUUUUCCACGUAAGGACGCAAACUGUAAUCAUUUAGCCCACAUGGAUCGCCUUAUUGAAAAGGUCCCUGAGUAGAAUGGGACAAAAUAUGUCAUCUCUGCAAUCAUAAAAGCUUUCAACAAUAUCUACUGCAUCUUUUCGCUACAAACUGUAACUAUAUGGCCUUGCAAUCAUUCAGCUGGCUAGACUGCGUGUUUUCCUGCUAAAACGACUUUCUUAAAAGUGCUAGAAUUGUCAUGCCACCCGGAUUAUUCAUUGGCCUUGUGGUUUAUCAGGACCCAACCCAAACAUUCAUGAUCUUCUCAAUACGUGAAAAUGACUGACACCAGGGGGGAUUCAUGGAUUCAUGUUCACAGACGACAUAAAAGUUCCAAACAGACUUAAUAACUGGAAAGCCGCGGGCGAUUAUGCUUACCUCUACCCCGCUAGGUGGUCCCAGCAGCGGUAACUUUCGCGAAAAUUUUUUACAACGUAAAACGCAUGCGCCGCAUCUACGUAGGUUGCUCUUUUCAUGCACUCAAAGUCUUCCACUGGCAAUGCAAAGUCAAGAGGUCCGCAGCUAAGCCCGUUCGCAGUGGCUGACACGGCAUGGCAGUCCAUCAAUUUGUGCCACGCACGAAGCCUUGCCUGAUUUUGCACUUAAAAGACAUCGUUCACCAAUGCGGGGUCCGAGUCCUUCAGAAGUGAAAUGCGAUGAAGACCGCAUUGUCGAUGAGUCACUGUGGGCUGUAGUUCAGUCUCGAGUGCAAUAGGUUGGCAUCUUUCCAAUUCAUGACUGUUUGCGUUUCGUGGAGCUCUCAAAGUACGCUUGGUAGACUUUAAGUAUCCAAGCACUGGAUCUGAGCUGGGACAUCCAUUCUCUCUCUCUUCUCUCUCCCGUGCACCAUGUCUGUCCGACGAAACGAUGUGCAGAUGCCGGCGUGGAUUGGAAUAGCUGUCUCCUGGAUGCCAGAAAAGUGUCCAGAGGUCAGGAAGGUCUCGCUAAGAACAGUUACAGUCUGACGCUUACUCAGAAGGAGGGGAGUGUUAUCUCAUCAACUGACAAACAUCAAUACCAUUAAGGUUUUAUCAUUCUUCAAGAUCUAAGUGCUCCCAAUUUAUUAUGAUGAGAAGUGCACUAAACUGUCGCGCACAAAGGCACCUCUCGAUUUUCCUUUUUCUCACUUGGCUCGACUGACGACGAGAUUGUUUGCAGUGGCGCAGGACCCCGUCUCAAGCCUGUCACACACGUACAAAUCGACAGUUCACAAGCUUCUCCUUCUUCUCCUUCCUUUAUUUUUGGAGCAUAUUUGAGUCUUCUAUACAUCUAUAUGGCAUUCAUAGCCUCUAUAAGUUAAGGGGACUGCAAAACAAAAGCUGCAAAUGUCAGAAAAUGGAACAGGAUCUUGUUCGUUGCGAACCCUGAACUGUGUGGGCGCCACCAUCGAUGAGGAGAUUCCCGACGCUCUAGCAUUCAACAAACUAUCACCGCCUUAUUAACAAAGUGCGGGCUAAACCCCAAUCUGUCCCCAAGGCGACCUCACCUUAAAAACACGCAUUGGCCUGAUCAGUCAACUGCGAGUCGGUCGCACUGAGACGGGUGAACCAAUGCCUGAGCCCAAACGUCCGCCCGCCACAAGCGCGACACCUGUCCACAAUGUCCCAGGACUUUCGGGAGCUGUAUCCGCCUUUUGGCCACAUAGAUAUCCACAGCAAGAGCCGAAACGCUUACCCCUCUCCCUCCGCGCAUCCGAAAACUCCCCCGUCACUAGCGUUGCCACCAUAAACUGCAUUUUCGGCAUCGUCCAUCCAGCAGAUACCAGUAUAUCCUGCCAUAUUGCCAUCGUAAAUUCAAAUCACGCAUAGGCCCGGUCGGUCACUUGCGAAUCAGUUGGACUGAAACUGGAAAACAAGUGCAAGAAAUACCAAAGCACAUUCACCACACCUGCCUCAGUUGCCCACAAUGCCUACAGCUAUUCGUUGACUGCAGUGACGUCAUAUGUGCUUCCGUGAAACUCUGCCGGGAACACUGCGACCUUACCUCAACAUCAGAUAUUGCUCCAUACACAACACACAUACCAGUCUCUCGUUACCCGACACACAGCCAGAACAUCCACCUCUCUGGUAAGUGGUUGGUUGAUGUCAGACAAGGCCUGGUGUGGCACUCAUAGAUAGACUGUUGUUGUUCUGUCAGCCACCGCGUCCAAUACUUGCUCCAGAUUGUUGACAGGUCCGAAGAAUAAAGUGAUGCUAAAGAGAAAGCAGAGAGUGAGUGGGGCUGAUCUAGGAGAAUUAGUCCCCACGAAAUCUUAGCGCAUGCGCCACUAUAGUAAAUCAGACACUCUAAAAGUCGUGACUUGAAGUUCACCAAUUGACUUGAUAACUCGGUCUUCGGGGUCAGUGAAUGGUGUUAUAUGGAGUGACUGACUGAUGGAUCGAGGCUUAAUGGCCUCUUCUCUGUGCGCCUUCAUUUCACUAUUAUACACGCAGAGGUUGACUUGUCCCUUUGGCUACAAUCCUGGUACAUUUGGCGGUAGACCGGGACGUGUGUGGCAGGCGUUGAGGAGUUAUUUUAUUCCCGUAGGCCACUGCCUCCGAGCCAACCCACGGCCGUCGUGACUCCGUCUUGCCAUCGGUCCCAUGUGGGUUAGGGGGGAGAGGGUGCGGCAAAUGCCACGCAAGUCUGCUAACAUUAUAAAUUAAUUUACGCGCAAUUCCCCUACUGCGCCGACUACUCCGUGGGACAUAUCGUCCUUCGCGAUGAGCCAACUGUCAUGUGUGUGUUUGACGGGUCGGGGUGUAGGAGUGUCCAGUUGUGGGCCUGCGCGAAGUUCGUAGUAGCUCGCUAACUAGCUGGCAGGGGAUAGAAAAGGUGCUCUAAACAAAUGCUGGGAACCACGCUGUCCGCAGGCUGACCGUGGGUUGCAGACUGCUAAACAAAACACAAGACACUACUCGCCCUCUUCAUCCUCCCCUCUGGCCGACAGGAUGGUAGGGUGAGUCCGUCCACUCUAGCAGUCUGGAAUGUAUAUUCCCUUUUAGACAAUGCCAGGAGUAGCCGGUCGGCACGAAGGACGACACUAGUCGCUCGGGAAAUGGCGCACUGUAAAGUGGACAUCUUGAAGAAGGAGACACGAUUGUUGGGACAAGAGCUUUAUAAGCCUGACGUUUCGGAUUCCUGCUCGAAUCCAUCAUCAGAAACAAUAGCAGCUACGGGUGGUUCAUGCUCAAGGGGUUGCACUAUUUGAAGGAUGUAGUCGUCAAGCUACCGUAUACCUAUGAAUAUUCACGGCUUCCUCCCUUCACCUGAGUCCUCCUAGGCCAACAACGCAGCAUUAAUUUCGCGUGUCAGCGUUUUUACAGGGUUCGUUACACAUGGGACAGUAACACCGGCCGACAGACGCAUGGCGAGACCCCAAGAUACGGCUUUGACAUGAUUCUAUGGCCUCCCUAAGGUGCACAAAGACGGCGCUGCUCUCCAACCUAACGUGUCGCUCAAAGGUACUCCAACGUACGGACUGGCUUAGUGGCUGUUCCGGCGUCUCAAGUUCCUGACCUCUGAAUUAGGCUUCACGGUCUCUUCGUCAGCACAAUUCCUGAAGAAACUCAAAGGGGUAAGCCUCCAUCCAAAUGAGGUCAUGGUAUCUUUUGAUGUUACAUCCACUUUUACUUCUAUUCCAUAGGACCUGACGAUCGAGACAAGCGAGCUGCUUCUACAAAGCAAAUACGAUGGAACGAAGAAUAAUCUUUGACACGCCCAAGUCCUUCAGCUCCUGAAGUUCUGCCUCAGGACGCACUUCAAGUUCGACGGGACAAUCUACGAACAUGUGAAGGCCACACCAAUGGGUUCGCCGAUUUCUGGGUUCAUGACCGAGGCGGUCUUGCAACGGUUAGGGUCGCUGGUCUUCCAACACCACAGACCGAAGUUCUGGGUCCAGUAUGUCGAGGAUACCUUUGUAAGUUGAAUAUUGCUUUGUUUUCUGUGCCUGCUCGCCAUUUCCACUUCGGUAAUGAGCUUGCUUAACGGCUAGCCAACCUUCCAGUAGCCGCCACUGCCACCGACGAGAUCGCCUCCGUGGAGAGUUAAAGGUGCGAAUUGAGGGACACUGUCUAGUCGACUGCCCUGGCUGUGCUCAGUCGCGCACGUCGCCGGCACCAGGACUGGUUUGAUGACAACGACGCCGCCACCACCAGCAACCUGCUCGUUGAGAAAAUUCGACUACACAAAGCCCACGUCAACCGUUUUACCGAUGACAACAAAGCAGCUUUCUACCGUAGUCGCCACUUUGCGCAACAGCGGCUGUAUGAGAUGCAGGACGCCUGGACAGCUCGCAAGGCCGAGGAGAUCCAGGGAUACGUGGGCUACAACGAAUGGACGAACUUCUUCUCCGCGACUAAAGCUGUCUACGGUCCGCCAACCAAAGACACUGCUCCUCUCCUCUGCGCCGACGGCAGCAGCCUACUCACUCAGAAGUCGCAAAUUAUACAGCAAUGGCCGGACACUUCGGAUACGUCCUCAACCGGCCCUCCUACAUCCUCGACGCCGCCAUCGCCCGUCUGCCUCAAGCGAAGACCAACGCCGACUUCGACCUCCCGCCCUCUCUCCACAGAACCCCUAGGGCUGUGCAGCCACUCUCUAGCAGUAAAGCGCCUGAAUCGGACUCGAUACCUGUUGAAAUCUACAAGCCCCGUAGUCCCCAAAUCAUAG